CCCCCGGCCUUGCCUUUAAAUGCCUCCAUUCCCUUUGCUGGAGGGAAGCCUGGAGUUGCCACUGAGCAGACUUUUUACCUGUGGAGGCGAAGGGACCGGUGAGUGGGGCUCUGCCACCUGUGGGCACCUGACAGGGAAGGAAGGAAGACCAUGGGGAGAUUCAUUUUUGUGACCUUCAGCUUGCUCAUCGUGGCCCUCUCCCUAAGAGGAGCCGAAGGCUAUCAGUGUCCUGUUGAUUGGUUCCCCGGGAACGGGCAUUGCUAUAAGGUCUUCGGUGAACUGAAAAAUUGGACCGAUGCAGAGAUGUUCUGCAGGAAAUUGAAGCCAGGCUGCCACCUCGCCUCCAUCCACAGCAAGGCAGAGUCAGCUGACUUGGCCGAGUACAUCACUCACUAUAUCACACGUUCAGGCCAGGUCUGGAUUGGACUGAAUGAUCCAAAGAAAGUAGGUCCCUUUCUUUUGGUGAUAUUGUUUCCAUUCAUUCGUUGUUGCUCCUAAGGGGAUUUUCAAAGGAUCUUCCAAUGGGAGGCAAGGAUCCCUCUGCUAAAAGCUCUUGCCUUCAACAAAGCUAGGGGUGAAAUCUAGCAGGUUCUCACCGGUCCUGGAGAACCAGAAGCGGAACUUUUGAGUCGUUCAGAAAACCGUCAAAUGCCACCUCUAGCUGGCCCCAGAGUGGGG